AUGGAGAUCACACGCUGUGGCACCUGCUCAACCCUGUCUCUCUUCUUCCACAUAGAUAUUGCGCAGUCUACCCCCGGCGAGCACCUGCACGUUGUGGGCUCGCACGAGGGCCUCGGUGCAUGGAAUCCCGACAAGGGAGCUCGUCUGACAACCAACGAGCGAACAUAUCCCGUGUGGCGGUCUCGACAGAUCGAGUUGAGAUGCGCACCGGAAGAUUCUUCCACGGUGCUGGUGCUCAAGUACAAAUAUGUGCUUGACCGCCGCGAGCUCAAACAGGGCUUCCUGUGGGAAGAAAGCAUCCCCGAUCGCGAGGUGCAGAUACCGUGGUCGCAGGAUUGUGACUGUGCUGUAUGGCUGAUCAGAGACUCGGCCUUCAAUCGGGAAGGGGCCACCAAAGUGACGAAGCUCGCUCCAGGAGCAAAGCUCCUGCGCUCUCCACAGCAAGAGACGAGUGAAGGACUGAUCUCUGUGCCGGAAGAGACUCCGGAGGCAGAAGAGCCAACGGAGACACCGCUCUUCGAUGCUAAGUAUGCCUUAGUUGGACGCCGCCCAUUUGCAAAAGGUGGCUUCAGUUCAGUGUGGAGAUGUCGUCGCCAAGGCUCAGCUGGAGUUGGAACGGAGGAGUUUGCGGCGAAGCGCAUCGACUUGGCAGGGCCCAGCUGCAUUGGCUCCCUGAAGCACUGGUCAACAUGUGGCGAGGGUCUCGGGAGCGCAGGGCAGGCGAUUUGUGCCUUGCAGUGCUCAAGCAAUGAGCCUGUGCUGGAUCAAUUUCUCAAGCCCUGGGCGCAUCAGGAGUACUUGCUCCCGUUUCAUGCCUUGGACCAGUAUUGUGAUCCUGCAACGGUCAGAACGCUUUCAGCAGCUGUUGCUGUGACGAACAGCUCGAUCUUUUGGAAGAAAUGCCAUGCAGAUGGGGAGGACAGUGGCUGCAUGGACCCUUUUGCCAACGAAGACACCCAACUCUGGCUUCGAAUCUUGCUUGAAGUGCUGCAGGUGGUCAGGAUCGAUGGAGCGCUUUUCAUCGUGCAGUGUGGAGAUGACCCGAAUGUCCCCAGCGAUCAGGAGCCAUUUCCAGUGUUCCACUCAGAGGGUGGCGUGGGGGUUUGGAACGUACCAUGGCUCAACCCGUACCACCUCAAGGCUUUGUUCCAGGGUGAACUCGAUGACCGAAAUGCUCCUGGGCGUGUUCCAUGGGCGCAGAAGAAGCCGGUGGUCUACUGGCGUGGUGCCCUGACGGCGCCGGACAAUAUCCCCAUGUCGGAGGCGCAGCAUCUCCCGCGUUUCCGCGUCUUUCAAGUGGCGUCCAUGCGCAACGAGCUGUUCGAUGUGGGAGUCAGCAGCAUUGAUGAUGAGCUGAUUGCCGCCUGGGGCAAGAAGGCUGUUCAGAAGCUCGUCAAGCAGCACAGCGUUCGACGCACCCCGCAUGAGGACUUCGCGGAGGUCGCGCCCAGAUAUCGCUACCUGCUAAACUUGAACGGCGUGGUGUCUUCGUGGCGACUUUCUCAACUGCUCCGCACUGGCUCGGUGCUGCUCCUUCAGCGAUCGCCCACUCACGAAGCGUUGCACUGGGAACUCGUGGAGUGGAAGCACUACGUCCCUGUCUCUGCCAGCCUGGAUGACCUUAUUGAAUUGGUUACAAUCUUGGAGGGCAAUGAGACCCUUGCCAAACAGAUUGCCGAGGCCGGAGCUGACUUCUACGCUCGACGCAUGCGGCCAGAGGAUGCCUACUGCACGGCGCUGCGAACCUUGGAGAUUUCCCAGCUUCCAGAGGUGACACCACAGACGUUGGCAAGUCGAGGCUUUGCACGGGCUCCUGGCCUAGAAGCGCUUCCAUACGUGGCGUGGCAGACAGCGGCCAAAUCAUCCUCUGCGUCCACGCUUCGAGAGCGAAUAAAAAGCCACCUGGAGCUGUGA